ACUCGACCAGCGGAUGAAUAUCGUUCACUGGCGGGGUGUCCUUUUUGCGGGUGGGGGAUUGCUUCGAGGAUGGUGCUGGGUGUAGCAAAUUGUUACAGUGGAACUGAGUCAGAAGAGGACAAGGUAAACAGUGCGAGAUGCGGCAGGGAUGGCAGGACGAAGGGGAUGAUUGGGGUUCUUACGGAGUCAGUUUGCUAUUGGUAGGGUUGGAAUGAUUUCUGGAGGUGCGAUUCGUGUGUGAGACUUAUGCUGGUCGUGGAGAUUUGGGUGGAUCUGGGCAAAUGUUUGGGCUUCGAAGACCGUUGGAGGUCGUGCAGGUGCCAUCGUUGGUGGCAGUAGGGUUUGGUUGAGUUCGAGGGGUAUGAGUGAAUGUUGCAGGAGGUGGAUUCGGUGGAGGUGCUGAGAUGGGUCGGUUGUGACAUUCCCACUUGUGUGUUUUGUUUGUUGGGGUUGCUUGGUUUUCCCCUGGAUCUGGCACAGGGGAGGCAGCGUUUGGAGUGGAACAUGUCGGGUCGGUGAAUUGGGGCGUGAAGUUUCAUCAUCUUCGAGGAGCUUUGAUUAUGGAGAAAUGUUUUGUUUAGGUGUUGAGGAGUGAGGCAUAGUGUUGCGUCUCGUUGGGGUGCAUGUGGCGGAGUUGCAUAAGCAAAGCAAUGUGCAAAUGCGGCAGGUUUUGAGGAUCUGUGCGUGCUUCGGUGUGGGAGUAAGCGCGAAUUUGAAACUUCGCUUCUUGAUUUUCCCAUCAAGGGAGGAUCCAUCACAGGUUGAUGAAUAGCCGGUGUGUUCGUACUCUCUUUCGCGGGCAAGCUGCAUGCUACAAGUGUUUCCCCUUUAAACGAAUAUUGUGUUACCCGAGCAGAGUUAUUUUUACUCGGAUCAGUUGACGCCUCAGAAGCAGCAAAAUUUUGGGUGGAAUGCCCUCUCCUACUAACAUGGCCGAUCGAUCACAGUCCAGUAGCGAUGCGAACACAUCAGGCAGUGCGGUCUACAUUGAACAUACCGUCUCCAAGCUCGAUACUCUGGCCGGUGUUGCCAUCAAAUACGGCGUUGAGAUGCUAUAUGAAUAUCGCUCGGCUGGUGGUCUGCCGAUUGCCCAGCUUAUGUAUGGUGGCAGACGUUAAGCGUUUGAAUGGAUUAACAACUGACUUGCAAAUGUUUGCGCUCAAAACACUACGAAUUCCAACUCCAGGCAGGCAUCCUCCUACAACUGCCUCAGCGGACUCCAGCAAUUCCAGAUGGGAGACGCUGACAUCGCGCCCUGGCUUGCACCGUGUUAGGAGCCAAAACUCAAAUCUCAACCAGGGAGGUAAGAACGCAGACCGAUCGUCAGCGAUGGAGUUGUUGAGAGGUUACUAUGGUCUGCCUCCAUCCAGAACUGAAGGAGAAGGUUCAGAACUCGCUACCUUCUGCUCUGACAAUGAAAUCACAGAAGACAAUGAACCAUUUUCACCGAUGUUCCGCCCAUCAGAUACUGCUGGAUCUCGAAGAUUCUCAACUGGAAAUUUCAAGACUAGCCGCUUUGAUCAGUCUUUGAAAACAAGGAACAAUCCGACAGGCUCAGGUUGGCUGGAUAACAGCUUGGAGCCUUCUUUAGCAUCCUCUGAACUCCUUUUAAAGCCCAGUAGAGAUCCAUUAGGAGUAGGAGACAAAUUUGGAGAGAUUCAGGUAGUUACUGCUACUGACCCACAAGUAAUCCCUGUAAGACCCGUUAGACGACGGACAAGAGGCGAUUCCUGCAGCGACGAGACCCUUGAUGGUGACCGGGUAAAUUUUCCUGAGAAAGUUACUGGUCCAAAACCAAAAGACUCUGGCUUUACUUACAGCCGUCCCGUGAACUCUCUCCCCUCAAACGGUUGGCACAGUGUUGGAGAAGGACCUUUGGUGGCAGGCGGUGUGAAGACCAUUGGAGCCGCUCUCUUUGGUGGAAAGGGAGCUGUGGAAGGCCUUAUAUCCAAGGUACUUCAAUCGUCCAGCACAGCUACGAUGCCAGAAGGUGGGAAAUCUUCAACUGGAGCAUUGCCUCCAUCCGCAGGAGGUGCUCCCAGUGUACUAGAAAGUAUUACACAGGCGUACCGACGUGCUAAAGCUGCCUUGGAUUAGGUCGUGAAAAUCUGCGGAAUCUGCUGUUAAGAUGCCAUCUUUUCCAAGCAUUUUCAAAGAUCCUCACAUAUUUCCUGGAACGUUUAUGCUUUUGUGUGAUAUUGCUCCUAUCUUUCGAGCAUAAUUCAGGUCCCUUAUCUCGAUUUCGGUAUGGAAAACGCCUUGUUAGUGCUACAGAACUAGUGCAAUCCCCUGUUAGCAAAUUUAUGCACCAUUGAGGCUUCGCAGGUUCUUUUGCCCAUAUAGAGUCCCAAUUUCAGAGAAUAAGAUCCUUUUAGCGGCUUCUUUUGGAGGUGUACUCAGGUAGUCUCUGCUCACACAAAUGAAGGUCAGAGCCAUGGUCUUGUUUUAGUAUGUUGCCAUGAUUAGGUAGGGGAAUCAAGUUCCUUAGAAAGCUGUUCGGCUAUUCAUUAUUUGAGGCACUUCGGAAUCUUGUAUAUUUCUGUAGAGCAUGAAUGAUAUUUUCAUCUCUGCUGCAGCCCACCAGCGACUGUUAACAAAUCAAUGAUUUUGGCGUUGAUCUGGUCUGAUAAUCAGUUCCUACUA